GCAGGCAGUCUGUUGUGUCCGCACCGUUGUCGAGGCAACAUCUGUGCAGCGUGCCGUGCCUUCCCGCGAGUGUAUCGACAUAACAGUGCAGUGCUGUGAGUGCCAGUGCCGGAAAUGUUACUAUUGUGAUACACCAAUUGUUAUAAUGGCAUUAAAAAAGGAUUUCGACAUAAACAAGAACAUAUUCAAAAUAAAACUACCGAAAACUGUCAAGUUCCAACAGGCUAUCGACAAAAUAUUCAAAAAGAACAACUACACCAAAAUAGUGCAAAGUUAGUUACACUAGUUGUUGUAUAGACUCGUCCGAUUAAAUGGCCGGUGAAGUUAGUGCAAAUAUUAGUAGAAGUAGUAAAGAUAACACCGAGCCCGAGCCACCAGAUCGCAACAAGUCGCCCAACUUUAUAACAGACGAAACAGAGUUUAUUGGAAAAGGAGAUAUAAGGACAUCGACACCGGUCAACAAACACAGACGUAGUAGAAGUAAGAGUGGUACCAGGAAGACUCCGGUGCCGCUUAGUUUUUCAGACGAACAUUUUUAUGAGGAUUUAGAAGCGUAUGUUAGAGAAAUGUCCGCGGCUAGGCAAACAAGUGCUGCCAUGGAGGCAGGGCAGGAGCAGGAUCUGUGGGCUCAGCUCCAGCAGAAGGAGUCCGACCUGCUGCUGGCGGCAGAGCUCGGGAAGGCUCUCCUCGACAAGAACGAGGAGCUGAAGAAAGAACAGGAGCGCGUGACGGAAGAGUACUCCAAAAAAGUAGAGGAACUGGAACAAGAGAAGCACCUUCUGAGACGACGGUUGGACACGACACAGGGGGAGUAUGAAGCGAGGCUGCUCGAACUACAGAAUGACAUCCGAGAACUCACCGCCAAGAUCGACUCCAGAGAUACUUCUGUUAAACAGCGUGAUGAAGAAAAAGCCAGCCUUAUUGCUGAGCUGACGGCACAGAACUCCAGACUGACAGUCCAGCUCAAAGAGUCAUCGGCAGUGGAAGCCAGUCUGCUGGCACAGCUAGAGGGAUUGAAGGACCAAUGUUCCAUGAGGAAAACCAGCUUACAGGACCAUGUACAAAGUCUGGAAUCCUUGAAAGCCGAGCUGGCGAUGGUGACAGACAAGAAGUCAGACCUGGAAAGAAGAUUAACAGGGUCACUGCAAGAUAAGGAGAAUCUAAUGCAGCAGCUCGAUGAGGCAAACGACAGGAUCGUCGCGUUGGAGAGGCAGUUGAAAGAACAGGAACACCUCUACCAGAACACCCUAAAAGAAUUGGAACGCCUGCAAAGAUCCCACGACACAUUAGCCGAAAGGAUCGGAGCACCAGAUCCCAUCGACACCACAGACACUGCCAGGUCUCUUCAUGCGGAGAUGGAGUCGGAACCAGAAGACCAGGACGAUGGGUGGCUGAGGAGCGAAGCUGUUCAGGUGUACAAGCAACUGAGGGCGCUGGCGCUGCAGUUGAACACUGGCCAUGAUGAUGAUUCAGGUCUCCACUCAGAUCUAUCCCUCACAUCCCUGGACGGCGAAGAAGGUGAGACGCUAAGACGUGGAGCGCUCGCCGCCGCCUGCGCCGACGCCGUCGCCGCGUACGCAACGCUCGAAGGAUCCCGCGUACGAGACUCCAUUGCAGCGCACGCGCGUCGUGCGUUGGAGCGAGAGAGGCAGAUCGAUGAGAAGAACGAGAUUAUUGCUGAUCUUUCUUCUAAGCUGUCGGUAGCAGAAGUAGAACUUCGUGCAGCCGCCGAGGAGCGUGACAAACUGCUGAACGACGCCAACUACAGCAGCUUACAGAACGACGAGGCAGUCGCCAAGGCUCGGCAGGAGAGGGACGAGGCCAUCGAGAGGAAGAAGGCUGCUGAGGUGGCUCUGGCCAAGACCAGGGUGGAGCUGAUGCAGGCCAACAGUCAGCUGUACGAAGCUGUGCGCCAGAAGGUGGACCUUGGACAACAGCUCGAACAGUGGCAGAUGGACAUGCAGGAACUCAUCGACGAGCAGAUGAAACACAAGCUGACCACGCAGGAGAAGCGAAGGAAGCUCCCGGAACAGCCUCCCCCCACCAGAACCUCUCGACUCCUCGGAUUUUUUCACCGGUGAUCUGUUGUAUCCCACUCUUGGUGCGCCUCUAUGAAGCCAUAGACCACUCUACCAUAUCAACUCUCUACCUUGUUAUCAUCAAGUAUUACUAUCCAUCAACAUUACCAGCUGCCUACAGUUUAUUUUUAAUACUUUUGUACAAAAAUCUGUCGUUAUCAAAAUUCAUAGCAGCGACCGCCAUCUCGAUUCACCGUACGGACGCGUUCGCAAUCACCGAGUUUUUAGGUUAUUUUUUAAUUUUAUUUUAUAAACCGUGUGAUGUUUAUACUAUCGCAGUGAUAGUUAGUUUCGUAGUUAGAUUGUUUAUAGUUAGUUUACGUUUAAUUUUUAAUGUUUUAUUGUGUCUUUUUAGUUUUUCACUGUAAAAUGGCUGGUAAAUUUUGGCAUUUGGCAAUUUAUUACUUGAUAAGGCGGAUUUAGUACAACAGAUAUGUUUAAACGGAUAAAAUCCAAGAGAAUUAACAUCUAUUGUCCGUUUCGCGAUGACUAACGAUAGAAAUAUAAAUACGAUUCGAUUAGAAACGAAAAUGUAAACUAACGUUAGUAGUUUUAAGUCAUUAAUCCGCCAUCUUUAAUAUGUCAGCCAUUUUGAAACCUAACCUAACCUACCCAUUGCUUUAUUUGUAAAUAACGUUUUAAUAAUUGAGAUUACCGUAACUAUGUAUGUAUAGUUGGUACUUAUACGUAAAUCUUCACUUUAAGUGAGAUGUUUGGUGCACCUAAAGUGUAAAAUUAGUUUUACCGCCUGUUUUUACCACGGUAAAUACGAAUUAGAUAGAGUUGUCAUUCGUCGUACAUUUUUAAAGGCUGAGUAAUAUCAAGCUACUAAAAAGGAAAAGAUUGCCAAAAGGACCAUGGUCUUGAAAGUAAGAAGGAAUAAAUUCCUUGUUGGAACAAAGCAUUAUAAUUAGAUUUUUCUAUUAGAAAAAAUCUUAAUUGAUAGUACAGAGUUGGUGAUAGACAGUGAAGCAUUGUAUUCUCAAUUUUAUUUUAAGAAUUAUUUGCUUCAAAAUUGGUUGACAGCGAGUUUGUUCGUUGUGAACAGAAAGUCGCGCCUAAUUUAAUAAUAAUAUCUAAUGCUUGUGCCUGUUCUAAUAUAAACAAUAAUAACUCUAUAUAUUAUGAAAUUAACGUAACGGUAAAAUAAAUUACCUAACUCACAUUACGCAGUCCGGUAAAAACACGAUGAAAAUACAUAAGUGCCUUUGUGUGCGAAAUUGAGUAAAAACUACCGAUAGUGUAAAACGCACUUUAAAUUAAAACUGCUUUUAAAUAAGUUAUAAUUUUACCAAAUACACAGUUACAUAUAAUUUGCGAUAAAAUACGAUAUUACUCAGUCUUUACAGUUAAAAUUAGUGAAUAUAUGAAGACGUGGUAAAACAGGCUUUCUAGUUAAUUAGAAGAAUAGUUUGCUAAAUAAUGAAGAACAUUAAUAGCCAUAUUAUUUACAUUACGUUUAUUGAAUGCUGGUAGGCUCCACUGACUAAUGUCUCGAGUCACUUUGACCGGUCAAUGUGGAUAAUGUCUGGUUUACUUUCUGAUCUGAUUGUAUUUAACAUGCCAUGAAAUCAGCUGUUAAUACCUACAUACAUAAUAAUGUAAGUGAAUGUAAUUGAUUUACACACACGCAAUGAGUAUAUACCUAUAUUAUGAGAUUCGAGCGGAUUCGUGGACUCGAUUGAUAAAAUCGAACUUAAGUGUAAACUCGAUUUAACUGUGGGAGAGCGAUGCUUCGGCACUGAUAGGCCAGUAAUGCAUUUGUAACGCCUCCGGUGUUUCCAAUGUCUAUGGGCGGCAGCGAUUGCUUACCAUCAGUCGAUCCGUCUACUCGUUUACCGGCUCAUACCAUAAAAACUCGAUCUUGACCAGUUUGAACGACUAGAAAAAUUUAUAAUGUUCAACCCAUGUACAGAAUUCCGAUGUAGCUUGAUUUUCAUGGAUAAUUAAUUGCUCCAACUCAUUGUAGUCAAAUCUGAAUGAAUAUCUUAGAAUAAUGGUAUGGGUAAAGUUACCAGACAUUAUUACUUCAACCGGUCAUUGUCGACAGUACCCAGUAGCGUAAAAAACGCGAUUUGAUCAUGAUCUGGUGGAAUAUUUAGAAUAAUUAUUUGUGUGUAGAAAAAAAUUCACGAAUUUUUUAGUAAAAUAUAUUAUGAACCUACCUUAUCAAAUAAUUUAAAUUAAAUAUAAUAUAUGUAUUGUACGUAUGUAUUGUUUUGCAAUAGUAGUAGUUGGUACUUCAAUAAAGUUCUGUGCCUUAAAAGUACCUGGCCUUGUAAAGUGCCUUUUUUCUAUAGAAAAUGUCAAUUGUAUUUAUUAAUUAAUUGAUACAUAUACAAUAUUAUGUAAUACCGAUACAGCCUUAAGAUGUAACGUGGUAGAUUUUCACACAGAAACUUAAAAAAACUUGGCUUGAUAAUGUCAAAGGUAUUUUAAUAGAGAUGAUGACGGGGUAUGAAAAUUAAAAAUCUAUUUAGUCCGUCAGUUAGGUAAUGAAAAAAUAUUAGACACGUAUUUUUUCAUAUAAGAUAACAAUACUUAAAUAAAACGAAUCAAAGUUUAAAAGUGGUAGCAAAUACGUCAUUUCUACGUAUAAAACGUACCUAGAAGUGAUGUCAUGCGAUAUUUCAAAUCAAUAUAUUUUUGAAAGUAUUUGUUUCCGUAAGAAAAUAAAAAUACGUGUCUAAUGUUUUCAAAUAAUCUACAGGACGGACAUUAAAAUGAAAAUUGGUCAUCUACCCUAUUAUUGAAUAAAUGUGUGCAAAAUCUUACCAUAGUACCAAUAGGAAUAGAUUCAGGACAUAGUAAAUAAUAUAUUUAAAUAUUUUCUCUUUUUACAAACAUGCUCAAGUUUUAAAGUAAUAUAUUGCUCAUAUUUUACUACUGAUUUCUUCUUUUUAUUCAUUUUGAAAAUAUAAAUGAAAAUUUGGAGCCAAUCGUGAUUUUUACAAUACUUAAUUGUCAAUUGAGAUAAUGAAUUUUAAAAUUAUAAAAAUUACGUUUUCUCAGUUCAGUCCUUAAUACAGAUUAUAAUAAAAUUAUAAUGUGCAAUGAAAUAUAAUUUAUUAAUUUAAUGAUUUAUGACAUUAUCAAUUAAAUAUAUUAUGUGUAUAAUAAUAAAAUAAUUACAAUGUAAUUGAAUUGAUUGAAACCAUUGUUCGAGUUAUUUAUUUGUCUUAAGAUUGUAAAAUAAUGGUGAACAUAGAUUUCUUGCUGAACAUUCUCUUAGUACCACGAAUACCCGUCAGGGGCGCUAGCAUCGCUUCAAUCUUUUGUGAGAAUUAUUUUUCCCCAUUUUUCUAUGUUCUACGACAAAUUAAAUAUCAGUUACAACUAAACAAUGCAAUAGAGGUAAUGCAAAAGUAAUUUAAUUAACAGCAUUAUGUAUUUAUAUGUAUAUAGUUGCACGAUUUUAACAUUGUACUUUGUGUUAUAAUAAUAAGGUUCAAAAUACCUUAAAUGAAAAUUGUCACUUAUUCGGAGAUAUUAUGGUACUUAAUUUAUUUUUAAGACUGAACUAAUUAUUGAAUUAAAAUUAUGUCAUGUAUAUUGAUUUUAUAGAUUUUCGCUGUACUUACUUACAUAGAAAGAAAUAAAAUUUUGCAAAACAUAUUAAUUUUUAACAAUGAUGAUUUUUCUAUAUUUUAAUUUUAUUUUCUAUUUAGCACAAACACUGUUAUGGCGAGUAUAACUUCUUAGUCAUUCCAUUUUUCUAUAAAUUCUUUGAUAUUAUUACAUUACAAAGAGACGCUCAAUCAACACAUAAUUAAAAAAAACCUUACUUGUCUUUUCUCUUCAAACUGAUAAUUUACAUAUUUUAUUCUAUAGUAUCUUAAAAAAACAAUCUCAUUUUUAACAUUUAAAAAUGACAAAUUGUAUAACUAGAAAUAAAAUAAAAUGUGUAAGCCAAUAAACAGAACUUGGCAGUAUCUUUCCUCUUAUGUUUUUCCUUUAAAAAAAGAAAUAGGAUUUAAUAUGUUCCUUAUAAAUUAAAAAUGAUUUAUUUUUGUAAUGUAAUAAAUACAAACGAAUGAUUUAUGUACAUUAACACAUAUGUUUACGUGAUGAACCAUACCAUCGUUCAGUUGAAUUUGUACUUACCGAACAAUUUCCUAAGUACUUACCUAUGUAAUCGUAAUUUAUAAGAUCUUAAUAGUGACUAGAUAUAACUAUCAUUAUAAAUAAUUAAUUAUGUUUAUUGAAUUAAUAAAUAAAGAAUGAGUUUAAACUGUGAAA